GCAUAGAGCGUCGAGACUCGAGGCAGCCUAGCUCGAGACACACGUUGCGAUUCACCUAAUAGUAUACGACUCGCACAGCUGAUUCUCUUGUAGUUCGAAUCUCGCGCGCGCUCCGGCUAAUUCUAUAUAGCAGUGACGUCACAGCAGCCCGCACAUAUAGAGACAUAUUGUGUAGAAUUCGAACUCAUCGAAGUAGAGCCGACUCACCGAGUACCGACUGCGAGAGCUGGCUACGAGACGGACACCGCGUGGUGUACAGCGUACGGCGUACGCACGCAACGAACGAUUUUGCGCCAGUGCAAAUAAUACAAUAUAAAUACAAGUAGUGGCUGUGGCGGCGAGAGCAAUACACUGAAGGCGGAGCACAACAGACGCAAAAUGAUCGCUGGCCUAUAAUACUAUACUGAGAGCCUAUUAGUCAAAGAGUGAGAUUUUUUAUCAGCUGAGCCGACCCAAGCGCGGUUGUAAAGAAUAUCUCUCAUAAGGGUUGAUUUUUUGUUUACCGAACGAUUAAGUUUGGAGCGAUUUUGAGCAUGGCGUCAUCGAACCUCGACAAACUGGUAUCACAGGUUACGAGCCUGGGAAUAGAGAAGCAGAGCAGCGAAACUUCGGAGCCGCCAAAGACCAAUGAGGAGAACAACGGCACAGCUCCGGAGACGCAGAGCAGUCCAAAAGCUGCCGAUGGACAGGAGGAGAAAACCGAAAAGUCGACGGAGGAGAUCUCGGCUGCCGAGAAGUCGCUUCUGCAGAAGGUUCUGAGGAAGGGACUAGUCGAGUCGACGAAGAGCGUCGAGGUGCAGAGGAGAGAUCCAAAUUCGCCGCUUUACAGUGUCAAGACUUUUGAAGCUCUCAAUCUGAAGCCGGAACUUUUGAAGGGUAUCUAUCAAAUGGGCUUCAAUGCCCCGUCCAAAAUUCAAGAGACGGCGUUACCUACCUUGUUAGCCAAUCCGCCCCAGAACAUGAUUGCCCAGUCACAGUCCGGAACGGGAAAAACGGCGGCGUUUGUUCUUGCGAUGUUGAGCAGAGUUGACACGAGUAAACCGUACCCGCAAGUACUGUGCCUAUCGCCGACCUAUGAACUUGCGGUUCAAACUGGUGAAGUCGCCGCGAAGAUGGCCAAAUUCUGUCCAGACAUCAAAAUGAAAUUCGCCCUCAAAGGAGAAACACUGGCGAGAGGGACGAGGAUAGAGGAGCACGUUCUGAUCGGUACCCCAGGAAAAAUCAUGGACUGGUCAAUAAAGUUUAAGUUUUUUGACAUUAAAAAAAUCACCGCCUUCGUUUUGGACGAGGCCGACAUCAUGAUCGCGACGCAGGGCCAUCAAGACCAGUGCAUCAGGAUACAUAAAAUGUUGUCACCUUCGUGCCAGAUGAUGUUCUUCUCGGCGACGUACGAUACUGAGGUGAUGGAGUUUGCGGAAUUAAUUGUAAAAAAUGCCACCAUAAUUAGGUUACAAAAAGAGGAAGAAAGUUUAGAGAACAUCAAGCAAUACUAUGUAAAGUGCGGAAAUAUAGAGGAGAAAUAUCAAGCAAUCACCAAUAUUUAUGGCGUUAUAACUAUUGGUCAAGCCAUCAUAUUUUGUCAGACGAAAAAAACAGCUUGUUGGUUAUCUGAUAAAAUGACCCAGGAUGGACACUCUGUGGCAAUCUUGUCUGGGGAUCUUACUGUUGAAGACAGGAUCAGUGUUCUGGAUAGAUUUAGGGAGGGCCUUGAGAAAGUGCUGAUCACAACAAACGUUCUUGCCAGAGGAAUUGACGUUGAGCAGGUGACUAUUGUCGUUAACUUUGACUUGCCAGUGGACCAAAAUCAACAGGCAGAUUACGAGACGUACCUUCACAGAAUAGGCAGGACAGGAAGAUUUGGCAAUUCGGGUGUAGCAAUAAAUUUGGUAGAUUCAACUCGAUCGAUGCAAAUUUGCCAGGAUAUUGAACGGCAUUUCAAGAGAACGAUUUAUCAUCUUGAUGCCGAGGAUCCGGACGCAAUCGAAAAAAUUGCCGCUUGAUUUUGUACAAUUUAUCCUCCUUCUCAAAUAAUGAACUAUUGUUCGAUACAUGUUUAUAAAUAUUUUGAAAUUAUGUUUAUAAUGCAAUCUACAGAUUCCUACUGUUUUCAACGAUAAAAUUUUGAUCAAGUGUCUUAUUAUUUUUAUUUAAAGACAAUGAAAUGAAAACAAAAAAA